AAAACAAAACACGACCCCAAACGAAAAACACCAAACCGGAAAAGAAAAAAGAAAAGAAAACGAUACACUCAUCAAAGCCAAGAAAGAAAGGAAAAAAAAUCGCAGCAUCAGCAGCAAGCCGUAGUAGUAGAAGUGUAUUUCUCUCAGUUCUUCUCGACGCCUUUAUCCCCAUCGUCAUCAUUCAGGGUAAGAACAACUUUCCCCAACUUUGCUAGGGUUUUCCCCUUUUCCGCCCUUUCCCAAAUCGCGUCCCAUUUCAGUCGCUCGCACGGCCUCCACCACUGAUUCCGCACCCGGAAUUCCAUGGGUAUCCUCAGAUUUCGUUCCAGGGUGGAAUCUAUUGAUUCGACUACCUUCCGAAGAACCUGUUAAAAUCUUUCAAGGGCUAUCAUGUCAAAUCUUGGUACUUUCUGAGGAUCAGGAGGCGUUAUGGAUUGUGUAAAAUCAUUUACUCGACCUGGGGAGUCUUGGCUCCAUCUAUCGCUACAUUUUGCUAUAUGUCUGUCUGCCUUAGAGAGUGCCCUGGCUCGUCAGGCCCCGACAGAAUCGAUUAAUAUUUCUUCAGUAUCUCUACGACCUAGCCCUCCAAAAAGUGGAAUCUUUGGGCCCAUCGAAAUAUCGCCUGCGGUUAUUCAAAACUCUUCCUUUCCGGUCGGAUCUUUUCCUCCUAUCUACCCCUCUUAUCCGAAAACCUACGAUCCUGUCCUGACAGGGAGAUGCCCGAUUAAUUUUUCCGUUAUCUCGGGUGCUAUGGAAAAAACGGCAUCCGAUUGUGAGCUGUUAUUAGCAAAAUACGUCGGAAAUGUCAUAUGCUGCCCUCAGUUCAGCAGCUUGCUCCACAUAUUUCAAGGGUUCUACAGUCAGAGUACCGGAAAAUUAGCGCUGCAAAAUGCAGUCGCCGACGAUUGCUUUCAAGAUAUCGUCAGUAUUUUAGUGAGCAAAGGUGCAAAUGCCUCGGUUCCAGCCAUCUGUUCGACAAAAUCCGCCAAUCUUACCAGCGGAUCUUGUCCUGUGAAGGAUGUAGAGUCGUUCGAGAAAAUGGUGAACACCACUAAACUAUUGGAGGCGUGCAAUGCGGUCGAUCCGCUUCGGGAAUGCUGUCGCCCGAUCUGUCAGCCUGCGAUUAUGGAGGCCACGCUUAAAAUCUCCGGAAUGCAGUCUUUCAUGAAUGACAACAAGAAUUCUGUCGGACUUUCCAAUCACGUCGAUGUUGUCGGCGACUGCAAAGGAGUUGUCCACUCGUACAUCUCUAGAAAGCUAUCGUACGACACGGCGAACAAGGCUUUUCGAAUAUUGUCGUCCUGCAAAGUCAACAGAGCUUGUCCUUUGCAGUUAGAACAGCCGUCAGAAGUAAUCCAAGCGUGCCGAAAUGUCGCUGCUCCGAAUCCUUCGUGUUGUAGCUCGUUAAAUACUUACAUUUCCGGUGUCCAAAGGCAGAUGUUGAUAACGAAUCGGCAGGCAAUCAUGUGCGCAGCUGCCCUCGGGUACAUGCUGCAAAAGGGAGGCGUAAUGACGAACAUUUAUGAACUUUGCGACGUUGACUUGAAAGAUUUUAGCCUCCAAGCGGACGGACACCAAGGUACUAAUUUCCUUCCCCUUCUUUUAAACGGGUGCUUGCUACGAAGCCAGCCUGCGGAUAUGGUUUACGAUAACAUAUCAGGGUUCAGUUUCAUCUGUGAUUUGAGCGACAACAUCGCAGCUCCGUGGCCAUCCUCGUCCUCCCUCACUCCAUCACUCUGCGCUCCUGAGAUGUCUUUGCCGGCGCUGCCAACAUCAGAGACUUUGCACAAUCCUGGUUGCCGAGGAUUCGCCGUGGAUCUUCUCGUGCCGAUUCUUUCGAUUUUUGUGUUCAGUGCAUUAUCGUUUUAAUGGGAAUUUGCAGAGGGGUGAGAGAGGGGUCGCUCGCUGGCCAUGGGAACAGUUUGUGUGAGGUACAGAGAGAGGGAGAGGAAGGGGUGUUUAAAUUCCAGCAUUUUGGGCUGGUGGUUGGUUGGUUAUAUGUAAAUUUGAGCAUAUAUAUAUAUAUAUAUUUCAUGUACAGUAAUAGCUUCCAUCUAUAUCAUCAUCACCAUCUUCAUUUUUUUCA